ACGGAGCAGGCAGACAGGCGAGGUUAGAGUCGAAGUGCAGCAGCAAGGAUGAUGUCUCUACUACCCCGGCGGGGGCUCGCGAUCGCGAUGCAACAAACCCGCUCCACCGGUGCCGUCUACCGCGCUCCCGUGGCCCUCCUCCACACCACGGACAAGAAGCAGGAGCAGUCCAGCAAGGUACAGGACAUGCGCAAGCCGACCAGCUCUGAGCUGACGAGAGCAGAGAAUGUGGACCAGCUCAUGCAGCAGGGAAAGGGCGGGGUUGAGUUCGUGGUUUCGAAGGUUGACGAUCUGGUGAACUGGGCGAGGAAGGGAUCGCUGUGGCCGAUGACGUUCGGGCUGGCCUGCUGCGCCGUGGAGAUGAUGCACUCCGCUGCAUCGCGCUACGACCUCGAGCGCUUUGGCAUGGUGUUCCGGGCGUCGCCGCGGCAGUCGGACGUGAUGAUCGUGGCGGGCACGCUGUGCAACAAGAUGGCACCAGCGCUGCGUAAGGUUUACGAUCAGAUGCCCGAGCCACGUUGGGUGGUGUCCAUGGGGUCUUGCGCGAACGGGGGUGGCUACUACCACUACUCGUACUCGGUCGUACGUGGCUGCGACCGCAUCGUGCCGGUGGAUAUCUACGUGCCGGGUUGCCCGCCGACGGCGGAGGCUCUUCUUUACGGCCUUCUCCAGCUGCAGAAAAAGAUUAAGGGGAACAAGUCGUUGUUGCUUCGGUUGAAGAAGUAGCGCGUUUUCUCUCUCCCUCUGCUGGUGUUGUGAGGAGGCACGCGGCGACUUUAUUUCUUGCUGUCGUUCACGGGUUUAACCGUGUGUCGUCGUUGCUGUUAGUGUAAUGCCGCCGGGCGGGGUACAGACAAAUGGCUUUGUUUGGGGAUGGGUGUCGGCUCAACGGUGUGCGACUAGGCCCAGAUCUGUGGAAGCCCCCAGUUAGUGCUGACUAAUGGUCCGGUGGUUUUGGUACAUGCUGGUAUGCAUACAUCGAAGAAACCCUAUCCAUAGACCACAGUAGUCGAAGGGGAUGUGUUGAGGUCUCUCCGGUGAGUGGGAAGAAAACCGGCGGGAUACUCAGGGCAUAUUGAGGGUCUAUUUAAGCCUUUUCACUGAAUUUCUAUCAGUGAUGCCAGCGGGUGCUGAUCACAAAAACACUGCAUAGGUACAAAUCACAAGACGUCUCCUGUUGUAUGUGUCCGCGACUUGGAAGGGAGAGACUGAAUAUCGCUUGUAUUAGAAACGCAGAAGCAAGAGAAGAGAAGAAGAAGAGUGCUUCCGGAAAACAGAGAAGCAGGGGUCACAAACACAAGAACCCCAAAAUGGUAUGUCUACGUUCCUAUCUGCGAAUAUAUCCGUUACUGCGGUCGAUCAAUACCUGUCCGUAUCCAAACACACGAACACCCUCCCUGGUUUUUCACGCAAGUGGCAAACCAUCCGUGGGGCAUGGUUACCCCUGAUCAGACCUAGGGACUCUAAACAGUAACGGUGCAAGGGAA